CGAUAAAAGAAAGAAGCGCCACGCACCAACAAGUGGAGAAGCAUCAAGAUUUAAUGGCAAAUCAAAGGAUGAUGAACCAUUUUCAUUUUCAGUAGAAAAGAAAACGGAAGAAACAAAGUAUAUAUCCGCCUCGGAGUCUUCUUCCUCGCCGUUUGCUGGAAGAAGCGAUAAAGAUGGUGACGUCAGCUAUAGUGAACACAUACCCACUCUCUAGCUAUACCUUUGGCACUAAAGAGCCUAAAAUGGAGAAGGACACUUCCGUUGCUGAUCGCCUUGCUCGCAUGAAACUCAACUACAUGAAGGAAGGUAUGAGGACAAGUGUUGAAGGAAUUCUCUUGGUACAAGAGCAUAAUCAUCCUCAUAUCCUUCUUCUGCAAAUUGGGAACACAUUUUGCAAACUUCCAGGUGGACGCCUAAAGCCUGGAGAAAAUGAAAUCGAGGGUUUGAAAAGGAAACUCUCUAGCAAACUUGCAGCUAAUUCUCCUGGCCUUCAGCCAGAUUGGCAGAUAGGUGAAUGCGUGGCCACCUGGUGGAGGCCGAACUUUGAAACCAUAAUGUAUCCAUACUGCCCUCCACACAUAUCAAAGCCAAAGGAGUGUAAGAAGCUCUUCAUUGUUCACCUCUCCGAAAGAGAGUACUUCGCGGUCCCCAAAAAUCUAAAACUCCUUGCUGUGCCAUUGUUUGAACUUUACGACAAUGUUCAGAGAUAUGGACCCGUGAUAUCCACAAUCCCUCAACAGCUUUCCAGAUUCCAGUUCAACAUGAUCCAGCCAUAGAUUAGUAGAUGGACAUUCAAGAGCUCCUUCUGGGAUAAAAAUAGCAUCAUAUCAGUUUGGUUGGGUUCUGAUAUUAUGAGGAUCGCUGAAGCCUUCUUCAUGACUUAAUUCACUUUUCCACAGUAGGCAGAUAGAUGACUUGAUUCACUUUUCUACAAUAGGCUGAUUGAUGACUUACACCAGAUUAUUUGUGUUAGUCAGCUUCUUUCCUAUGGAUAUGAAGAUGAGUACGGUAUGGGAGCCUGUUAACCUGCAAUAGUGCGGUGCAAAAUAUUGGCUUAUUUGUGCGUACUUGCUUGUUGAAUAUUGACAUAGGGCUGCUAGGUUUCUUUCGUUGCGAGCGGCUCUCGUAAGUAGCCAUUCUAAGUGAUCUUUAGCCAUUCUAAGUGAUCUUUCUUCGGUGAAUGAUUGAUGAAAGUGGUGCUGUUCUCUUGUCU